AUGUUUUACGGACAGAAACAUCCAAUGAGCCUUGCUCAGUGUUUUAUGGACGAGGAGGAGAGGGUAAAUGGUGGUAAACAGAAGGAGAGGAUAAAUGGUGGUACAGAGGAGGAGAGGGUAAAUUGUGGUAAACAGAAGGAGAGGGUAAAUGGUGGUAAAGACAAGGAGAGGGUAAAUGGUGGUAAAGACAAGGAGGGGGCAAAUGGUGGUAAAGACAAGGAGAGGGUAAAUGGUGGUAAACAGAAGGAGAGGGUAAAUGGUGAUAAAGAGGAGGAGAGGGUAAAUGGUGGUAAAGACAAGGAGAGGGUAAAUGGUGGCAAACAGAAGGAGAGGAAGGAGAGGGUAAAUGGUGGUAAACAGAAGGAGAGGGUAAAUGGUGGUAAACUGAAGGAGAGGGUAAAUGGUGGUAAAGAGGAGGAGAGGGUAAAUGGUGGUAAAGAGGUGGAGAGGGUAAAUGGUGGUAAACAGGUGGAGAGGGUAAAUGGUGGUAAACUGAAGGAGAGGGUAAAUGGUGGUAAAGAGGAUGAGAGGGUAAAUGGUGGUAAACUGAAGGAGAGGGUAAAUGGUGGUAAACAGAAGGAGAUGGUAAAUGGUGGUAAAGAGGAUGAGAGGAAGGAGAGGGUAAAUGGUGGUAAACAGAAGGAGAGGGUAAAUGGUGGUAAAGAGGAGGAGAGGGUAAAUGGUGGUAAACAGAAGGAGAGGGUAAAUGGUGGUAAACAGAAGGAGAGGGUAAAUGGUGGUAAAGACAAGGAGAGGGUAAAUGGUGGUAAAGAGGAGGAGAGGGUAAAUGGUGGUAUAGAGGAGGAGAGGGUAAAUGGUGAUAAAGAGGAGAGGGUAAAUGGUGGUAAAGAGGAUGAGAGGGUAAAUGGUGGUAAACAGAAGGAGAGGGUAAAUGGUGGUAAAGAGGAGGAGAGGGUAAAUGGUGGUAAACAGAAGGAGAGGGUAAAUGGUGGUAAACAGAAGGAGAGGGUAAAUGGUGGUAAAGAGGAGGAGAGGGAGAGGGUAAAUGGUGGUAAAGAGGAGGAGAGGGUAAAUGGUGGUAUAGAGGAGGAGAGGGUAAAUGGUGGUAAACAGAAGGAGAGGGUAAAUGGUGGUAUAGAGAAAGAGAGGGUAAAUGGUGGUAAACAGAAGGAGAGGGUAAAUGGUGGUAAAGACAAGGAGAGGGUAAAUGGUGGUAAACAGAAGGAGAGGGUAAAUGGUGGUAAACAGAAGGAGAGGGCAAAUGGUGGUAUAGAGAAUGAGAGGGUAAAUGGUGGUAAACAGAAGGAGAGGGUAAAUGGUGAUAAAGAGGAGAGGAAGGAGAGGGUAAAUGGUGGUAAAGAGGAGGAGAGGGUAAAUGGUGGUAAACAGAAGGAGAGGGCAAAUGGUGGUAUAGAGAAUGAGAGGGUAAAUGGUGGUAAACAGAAGGAGAGGGUAAAUGGUGAUAAAGAGGAGAGGGUAAAUGGUGGUAAAGAGGAUGAGAGGGUAAAUGGUGGUAAACAGAAGGAGAGGGUAAAUGGUGGUAAAGAGGAGGAGAGGGUAAAUGGUGGUAAACAGAAGGAGAGGGUAAAUGGUGGUAAAGACAAAGAGAGGGUAAAUGGUGGUAAACAGAAGGAGAGGGUAAAUGGUGGUAAAGACAAGGAGAGGGUAAAUGGUGGUAAACAGAAGGAGAGGGUAAAUGGUGGUAAACAGAAGGAGAGGGCAAAUGGUGGUAUAGAGAAUGAGAGGGUAAAUGGUGGUAAACAGAAGGAGAGGGUAAAUGGUGGUAUGGAGAAGGAGAGGGUAAAUGGUGGUAAAGACAAGGAGAGGGUAAAUGGUGGUAUAGAGGAGAGGGUAAAUGGUGGUAAACAGAAGGAGAGGGUAAAUGGUGGUAAACAGAAGGAGAGGGCAAACGGUGGUAUAGACAAGGAGAGGGUAAAUGGUGGUAUACAGAAGGAGAAGGUAAAUGGUGGUAAAGACAAGGAGAGGGUAAAUGGUGGUAAACAGAAAGAGAGGGUAAAUGGUGGUAAACAGAAGGAGAGGGUAAAUGGUGGUAAAGAGGAUGAGAGGGUAAAUGGUGGUAAAGAGGAUGAGAGGGUAAAUGGUGGUAUACAGAAGGAGAGGGUAAAUGGUGGUAAAGAGGAUGAGAGGGUAAAUGGUGGUAUACAGAAGGAGAGGGAAUAA